ACAGCAGCUCAAUCCAACCAUAACAAACACAAACACAGAUGAACUAGUCUGCUAAAGGCUAACUAGCCUAGCUCAGAGCACAGUGUCUCAUGUUAUCUGACAGUGUAUUUUAUUGCCUUUAUGGGGCACAAAAUGGCGGUUUUACAACUUAUAUAACUGUUAAACACUUAAAUAGGACCCUUUGAACUUUUAACAAUGUCUUUUCAACUUUACUGUUUCUGCUCUGUGUCUUUGUACAGCUGAUAAUAUUUACUGUGUUUCAGAAACUGCUAUUACCUGUAACACAAAACCUGAACUGUACUCAGACAGGAAGUUCCACUCAGAGACUGUCAACAUGUCUGCUGCCAGCUGUCUGCUGACUGAAGAUCAGUUUCUGUGCUCCAUCUGUCUGGAUGUGUUCACUGAUCCAGUCAGCACACCAUUUGGACACAACUCCUGUAAAACCUGCAUCACUAAUAAAAAUAAAAAUGUCCCGUGUCAGUGUCCCAACUGUAAAAAGACUUUCUUCACAAGACCGAAGCUGCAGGUCAACACGUUCAUCUCUGAGAUGGCUGCUCAGUUCAGACAGUCAGCUCAACAGAAAGCCAGCAGCAGCAGCUCAGAGCAACAAGUUUCCAAACCAGGAGAAGUUCCCUGUGACGUCUGCACUGGAACCAAACUGAAGGCCCUGAAGUCCUGCCUGGUGUGUCUGGCCUCCUACUGUGAGACUCACCUGGAGCCUCAUCUGACAAUGUCAGGCCUGAAAAGACAUCAGCUGAUUGACCCUGUGGAGAACCUGGAAGACAGGAUGUGUACGAAGCACGAUAAACUGCUGGAGCUGUUCUGUAAGACCGACCAGAUGUAUGUCUGCAUGCUCUGCACUGUUUUAGACCACCAGGGACAUUCUGUUGUUCCUCUGAAAGAAGAAUAUGAAGGAAAGAAGGCCGAGCUGGGGAAGAGAGACGCUGAAAUUCAGCAGAUGAUCCAGAAGAGACGACUGAAGAUUGAGGAGAUGAAGCGCUCAGUGCAGCUCAGUAAGAAAGAUGCAGACAGAGAGAUAGCAGCUGGUGUUCAGGUCUUCAGAGCUCUGAAGGAGUCUGUUGAGAGAAGCCAGGCCGAGCUCAUGGACACCAUCAAAGAGAAGCAGAGAGAGACAGAGAAACAGGCUGAAGGCUUCAUCAAAGAGCUGGAACAGGAAAUCUCUGAGCUGGAGAAGAGAAGCUCUGAGGUGGAGAAGAGAAGCUCUGAGGUGGAGCAGCUCUCACAGUCUGAAGACCACCUCCACCUCCUCCAAAGCUUCCCAUCACUGAACACUGCUCCACCCACCAAGAACUGGACAGGAGUCAGCAUCCGUCCACCUUCAUAUGAGGGGACUGUGGUGAGAGCUGUGAAUCAGCUGGAGGAGACGCUCAGUAAACAGAUGAAGAAGCUGCUUGAGGCCGAGCUGAAGAGGGUCCAGCAGUAUGCAGUGGAUGUGACACUCGAUCCUGAUACAGCACAUCCGUACCUCAUCCUGUCUGAUGAUGGAAAACAAGUUCAUGAUAGUGAUGUAAAGAAGAAUCUCCCAGACAACACAGAGAGAUUUGAUACUUGUACCUGUGUGUUAGCAAAGCAGAGUUUCUCUUCAGGAAGAUUUUAUUAUGAGGUUCAAGUUAAAGAGAAGACUAAGUGGGAUUUAGGAGUGGCCAGAGAGUCGAUCAACAGGAAGGGAAAAAUCACAGCAUCUCCUCAGAAUGGUCAAUGGACGAUAUGUUUGAGGAAUAAAAAUGAGUACUUUGCUUGUGCUGGCCCUGCAGUCCGUCUCUCUCUGAAGCAUCAGCCUGAGAAGGUGGGGGUGUUUGUGGAUUAUGAGGAGGGUCUGGUCUCCUUUUAUGACGUUGAUGCUGCAGCUCUUAUCUACUCCUUUACUGGCUGCUGCUUCACUCAGAAACUCUACCCAUACUUCAGUCCAUGUCCUAAUGAUGGUGGUAAAAACUCUGCUCCUCUGAUCAUCUCUCCUGUCAGUCACACUGAGUAGAACAAACAUUUGAUUUUCUACAGAAAGAUUAACAUCAUUUAAUGUAAUGAAUGUAUAUUUACUGAUCAUAUUUGGUUUGUACAUAGUUGUUUGUUCAGAUUCUGAUGAACCAUUUUUUAUCCCUUUUUUGUCGAUGUUUUUGUUUAAUGUGUCACAGUAUCGCUCUGAUUGAUAUGAUGAAAUGUACUUUAUUUUUCUAAGAACUGUUAAAUCAUCAGAAACAAAGUGUUCAAAAAAUAAUCAUCUUUUUCUGUUCCUUUUAACAGUUGGGUGCCAAAUAUAAGAAGUGUUGCAUCCUGGCACAAAGUGCUGUAAAACAUUUAUGGAUAAGACAAAUGUAAUUUAGUGUUCUCUUGUUUUUUAAAUGAAGAAAAGUGAAAUAAAGAUUUUUUUCUGCCUUAAUCAGAAAUGUGUUUAUCAUUGUUUUCAGCUGUUUAUGUUUCUAAUGACGACCACAUCAUGUGAUUGAAAACACCAUCAGCUGUUCUCAGAUCAGAUCACAUGUGAGAGAGGUUGUAGUGUGAGAUGAUGAUGUGCUAUUGAAGGUUUGAGCAGCUGAUGUGAACUAAAACUGUCCAAAUCAGUGGCAGCUGGUGACUGAAAAAAACUAAAAAAAGAAAUACCAAUGUGUACCCCUCCAGGAUUUGAUCCCCCGUCACCUGUGUGACAACCAACUGCUCUACCCACUGUGCUACCACAGCCGUCAAUAUACAUUCUUCACAA